UGAUGGAGAGUACACUGCUCCUGCUGCGCUGCCGGUGACGGUGCUGGAGAAACCGUUUGCCUUCAGGAUAACUCCUGACACGGACAAGAACACUGCUAAGAUUAAUGUCAGUGGUGGCGACUUCGAGUGGCGCAGAGAGCCGUACACGGUGUGCGCUGUGCCGCAGAGUGACACUUGUGAUUCCGUGUCUGCCCGGCUUUUUAUGUGUGAGAAGAGUGGGUCCCCAAAUUCAUCAUUUGUGUUUCUGGAUCUCGCCAGCAGGGGAAUGCCUGUCAAGGAUGUGAAGUUCUGCUUCAUCGCAGCCAACAUGACAAUUGGAGGACGCACCUACACGCAUAUGCAGGGUGUGUCAGAGGAUGUGUGGGAGGAUGUGUGGGAGGAUGAUGGUGAGUCGACCACAGGAAUGUCUGGUGGAGUCAUCGCCGGGAUUGUCAUUGCGGGCAUCGCUUUGUUGAGUGUUCUGGUUGCCGCUGUGCUGUAUGUGUUGCAUCAGCGAGGGAAGAACAGAAGAGAGCCACCAGACUCUGGCACACCACCCUCGCCGACGGUGCCACACCCUGAACAGAAGAAAUCAAAUCC